UAAAUAUCAGAAGCGCUGAAAAAGAGCCGUUGUAUCUGUUUAGUGUAUUUUCUCCUUUGAUGUUCAUUCUCUCAAACUCUUUGUUUAUCUGAUUAAAAACCCUUACUACUCUUUCUCUCUCCUUCAACAAAACCACCAUCUUCAGUUCCGACCACCUCUCCUUCUCUGCCGCUGCUAUUUUCCAUUGUUGACGCAGCAGAAACAUUAUGACAGUAAAGGGUACCUCAACACCAUCAACACCAGGUGGGCCCAGAACGCCUGCAUCAACACCUGGUGGACCUAGAACGCCUGCAUCGACACCAGGUGGACCAAGAGCUGGUGCCAAGGAAGACAAAAUCGUCGUGACUGUAAGGUUGAGGCCUUUAAGCAGACGAGAGCAGGCAGCUAAAGACCAAGUGGCUUGGGAAUGUGUUGAUGAACACACAAUUUUUCAUAAGCCUACUGUUAAUAAUGAUCGUUCUUUGCAGCAAUCUUCAUUUACAUUCGAUAAAGUCUUUGGUCCUGCCUCCAUCACUGAGACUGUGUAUGAGGAUGGGGUGAAAAAUGUGGCUUUGUCCUCUUUGAUGGGUAUCAAUGCAACUAUAUUUGCUUAUGGACAGACAAGUAGUGGCAAGACAUAUACAAUGCGAGGAAUCACAGAAAAAGCUGUAACAGAUAUUUACAACCACAUAAUGAAUACCCCGGAAAGAGAAUUCACUAUUAGGAUUUCUGGAUUAGAAAUCUAUAAUGAAAAUGUCAGGGAUCUUCUGAAUUCUGAGUCUGGUCGCAACCUUAAGCUAUUGGAUGAUCCAGAAAAAGGUACUGUUGUUGAGAAGCUAGUUGAAGAAACUGCUACUGAUGACCGGCAUCUGAGACACUUGAUUAGCAUAUGCGAGGCUCAAAGACAAGUGGGUGAAACUGCACUCAAUGAUAAUAGUUCACGAUCUCACCAAAUUAUUAGGCUGACAAUACAAAGUACACAGCGUGAAAAUUCAGGCUGUAUCCGAUCCUUCAUUGCAAGCCUGAAUUUUGUCGACCUUGCUGGAAGUGAGAGAGCUGCACAAACACAUGCUGAUGGUGCCAGACUCAGGGAAGGCUGUCAUAUUAAUCUGAGCCUGAUGACUCUGACAACAGUGAUUCGGAAGCUUAGUGCUGGAGCAAAGCGUGCUGGUCACAUACCUUACCGUGACUCUAAGCUUACGAGAAUUUUACAACACUCUCUUGGUGGGAAUGCUCGUACUGCUAUCAUUUGUACGUUGAGUCCAGCAACGAGUCAUGUUGAGCAGACAAGGAACACAUUAUAUUUUGCUACUCGAGCUAAGGAGGUGACCAACAAUGCUCAAGUGAACAUGGUUGUCUCUGAUAAGCAAUUAGUGAAACAGUUGCAGAAGGAGGUUGCCAGACUAGAAGCAGAGUUACGUGUCCCUGAUGCAUCAGACAAGGACCAGAAGAUUCACCAGAUGGAAAAGGAGAUUGAAGAGUUGAGACGUCAAAGAGAUCUUGCCUUAUCCGAAGUAGAAGAGCUUCGACAAAAGGUGCAGGAGGAAAAGGUUAUUGGUCCCUAUGAAUCACCUCGACCAGUUGUAAAAUGUCUUUCCUUCUCUGGCACAUUGCCUUUCAACUUAAAUGGGAAGCAACAGGGAUAUCAGACACAAAAUAAAAUUAUCAGGCAAUCUAUGAGGAAGUCAUCUACUGCUCCAUUCACCCUCAUGCACGAAAUUAGGAAACUUGAGCAACUGCAGGAGCAGCUUGGAGAUGAAGCCAAUCGAGCUCUAGAAGUGCUGCAAAAAGAGGUUGCUUGUCAUAGGCUAGGUAAUCAAGAUGCCGCUGAGACAAUUGCUAAGCUGCAGGCAGAGAUAAGGGAAAUGCGUACUGUUAGGCCAGAUCUCACGGUGGAUGAGGCUGGAGCAGUUGUUGCCACAAAUAAAAGUGUGAGCGCCAACCUGAAGGAAGAAAUUACUAGACUUCAUACUCAAGGGAGUACAAUAGCUGAUCUUGAAGAGCAGCUUGAAAAUGUACAAAAGUCUAUAGACAAACUAGUACUGUCUCUUCCAAAUAACGAUGAACCUAAUGGUGAAGUAACUCAGAACUCAAAAUCCCAAUCGAAAAAGAAAAAGUUGCUUCCUUUAAGUUCAAGCAAUGGUGCCAACAGGCAGAAUCUCUUACGAUCUCCAUGCUCCCAUUUGUAUGCUGCUGACCAAGUUGUGGAGACUGGCAUUGAAAAUAGGAAUCCAGUAAAUGAUAACAUUGUUGUUACUGAAGCUGCACAAGGUGUCGAGAAAGGAACACAUACAAAAACAGAAGCUGUUAGUGAUGUUUCAUCGAAGGAAGGUUCAGGAUACAGAAGAUCGAGUUCAGUUAACAUGAAGAAAAUGAAACAGAUGUUUCAGAAUGCAGCAGAAGAGAAUGUGAGAAACAUAAGAGCUUAUGUUACAGAACUGAAAGAACGUGUCGCAAAGCUGCAAUAUCAGAAGCAGUUGCUUGUUUGCCAGGUGCUUGAGUUGGAAGCAAAUGAAGCCGCUGGUUAUGAUAUUGAGAAUGAUGAAGAUGAUUACGAGGAAAAUGAACCUGAGGUUUCAUGGCAAGUAACUUUCAAGGAGCAAAGACAGCAAAUAAUUGAACUAUGGGAUGUUUGCUAUGUUUCCAUCAUUCACAGAACUCAAUUCUAUCUGCUAUUUAAAGGAGACCCAGCUGACCAAAUUUACUUCGAAGUUGAGCUUAGGCGGUUAACUUGGUUGCACCAGCACUUGGCAGAAACCGGAGAUGCAAGUCCAGCUCAUUGUGGACCUGGUGGAGAUGAACCCACAGUUUCUAUUUCUUCCAGUAUCAGAGCAUUGAAGCGCGAAAGGGAGUUCCUUGCAAGGAGGGUAAGCUCACGCCUAAGUGCUGAGGAAAGAGAAGCAUUGUACAUAAAAUGGGGAGUCUCUCUAGAAGGAAAACAUAGGAGAUUGCAAUUUGUGAGUAAGCUUUGGACAAAUCCCCAUGACUCGCUUCAUGUACAUGAAAGCGCGGAAAUUGUGGCUAAGCUUGUUGGAUUUUGCGAAAGUGGAAAGGCAGCAAGGGAAAUGUUUGAGCUAAACUUUGCACUCCCAAGUGAUAAAAGACCAUGGAUGGCAGGCUGGAAUCAAAUCUCCAACCUGCUUUUGUGAGAGAUUUGAGAGGUUUUAUAUAUUUGUUACAAGAAAUCAUCUCUUUUGUAAAUGUACUUAAAGAAGUUUUGGAGUUCUCUCCACGACUUGUUCAAUUCUUUCAUUCUUUUUUUGGUUAUUGAGAUAACUGUUACUGCUAUAGCCAGUUUUGGAAUUGCCAUUUUGCAAAAAUAAAAAACAUUUUGUUCUUAAAUUGUGUUUAUUAUUCCUCAAUCUUAGAUAUAACACUUGGUUACAACUUUUUAGCGUUUCACCUCUCAACUAGAAUCUAAAUGAUGAGAAUGUUGGGAUAUUCUCCCCUUCACAAUUAGUUAAUAUUAUUUUUGUAAGAAAAAGAAGAAGAAUAUGUUAGAAAAUAGAAAUUAUGGAAGUUGGUGGGCUUUUGUUUUUAUGGGAGGAAUGCAAAGUAUAUGAAUUUAGUGUAAUUUUUUAUUAUUUGAAUCAUGCUCUUCUUACAUUGUAUAUAGAUUUAGAAUGUCGGUUACUUGUUCUCUUACCUUAGAUAAUUCUUUCUAAUUCUUGAUAACUAGAGUGUACUUGU